CUUCGUUCAUUUCUCUCUUUCAAUGCAAUAACCACCAUCCUAUACUACACACUACAAUCGCACACUAUAUCUUUUGGAACCGACUACACCAACAGGUGACUACCAAAACAAACGAAAAAUAAAGAAGAGCAGCAGCAAAAUGACACCACCUCCAAUCGACCGCCAAACCACAACCCCCUUCCACCUCAAGCUCUUCUACCGACUCAACAACUACCACCAUCUCUCCGACUUCUCCUCCACAGCUUCAUCCUCGUCCUACAGCGGUCCCACGAGCGGCCCCAACGCCAUCCGCACGCGCAGUCCCCCACCACCACAACAACUCCCUCCCCACCUCCAAAUCUACACCUGGCAAUCAUGCACUCUCCGCGAACUCUCCCACCUCCUGACCUCCGCGCUACCUAGUCUCCUUCCCGACCCGCCGGUCGGUACGCGCCUCUGCUUCCGCCUCAUAUACCCGGACACCAAAGGCGCCGCGACAAUGGGGCCCGACGCGCGGGGGAGGUAUCUCGCGAAGGAUUUGGGGAGUGUGAUUAUCGGACCGAGGGAGAGUGCGAUUGCCAAUGGUGGGGAUGAGGAUGAGAAUGCGAAUGCGAACGGAGAGGAAGGAGGGCAGAGGAAGGGUAGUGGUGCUGGAGCAGGAGGGAGGUUGAGGAUCCAAGGCAAUGAUGCGGAUAAGACGUUGCAGGAGGCAAGGUUCGUUAUUGGAGAUUAUGUUGAUUGUGCGAUACUGCCGCCGCUUGAGGAUGGGUCUGUGGCGCCGCCGGUUAAUCCCGGUCGGGGG